CUAGUGUCAAGUUGGUUCUUGUCAAAACCGCUUUCAUGUGUCAAAUAAAAUCAAUAAUUUGAACAUUUUGUUGCUUGGAAAUUUAUUUUAAUGAGUUUUAUGUUACAAGUACUCUAAAUUUAAAUUAGAUUGAGUUUUAUCCGAAGAAAAUUGGAUGUAGCGUCAAAUGUCGAUACCACCCCUGAAUUACACCAUUCCACCUCCUUCCCUCAAUGUACCUCCACCGGUAUCUUCUCCGGUGGUACCGGUUGUUUCUCCAGUACCACCACCUCAGUAUUACAACCAUCUUCCGCCAUACGAAGCCAAUAUAUCACAAAACGUACAGCAUUAUUUAAACAUGCCAUCAGGAUUACCACCUUUGAAUGUCCCUCCUCCUGUUCCUUACGGUCCAUCCACCGAGGUGUCCGUCUCUUUCCCCGUUCCUACCAAUCCUUCAAGCUAUUCUUACCGUCAACCUGGUUAUGGCAGCCAUGACAGGAGUGCUUAUAGUAAAUACAAAACUGAAACAAUUGUUCGAUCAUCAAAUGAUUAUGAUUCAGCAGAAAGACAAUCUGGUUCUUCUAAAGAUCUUUCAAAAGAGAUACCACCUAGUUCCAGAUCAAGAUAUUCCCGACAUGAAUCAAGUUAUGAAAGAGAAAGAUGUUACGAAAGGGAGAGAAAACGAGACAGAGACCAUAGUUCAGAAAGAAGAAAAGAUAGAGAAUACAAAGAGGCAAAAUAUAGGGAACAUAGGAGAUCUAGAAGUCCAUCAAGAUACUAUGAUCGUUAUAGAGAUAGGGAAAGAUACAUUGACCGUGAGCGUGAUAGAAGACAUGACUAUAAAAGGUCACAUAGUCCAUAUCAUAGAGACUACAGAAGCCACAGUCGAAGCAUUGAUUCCCGAGAUAGUAGACGGGAUAGAAGAUCACCAAGUAGACAUAGUGAGAGAUCAUCUAGGAGGGAAUCCCAUUCCCAUAGCAGAGCUAGAGAAAGGUCACCUAGUUACUAUCGUGAGUCAAUCCCGAAAAGACCUCUAACUGACCGUGAAAAGAUCUUAGAAGACUACAGGAAGAACUAUUGUGAGACAUCAGGAGAGUUCAUACGAAAAAUGGAACAGUGGUCUAGGGAACAUCAUUCUGAUGAAGAAGAGACAUCAAAAAUGUGGUACCGUAGUUCACCAGCUGAGCUGUACUACAAACCAACACCAGAUGGAGUAGGUGUCAUGCAAACAAGUAAAUUGGAGAAACGCUGCAGUACAUUCUUUAAAGAAUUAAUAGAAAGGGGAAGGAAGGCACGACCUGAAGUGGAUGAAUUGCCUCCAUUAAGGCCAUCACGAGGGAAGGCUUGUAAACAUAGAAUGGAUGACAAAAGUUCAUCAUCGUCAGACAGUGAUGAAUGCAUGGAUGAAGAUGGUCUGCAGGGCUAUUCUGAUAGAAUCAUGAUGGAGCUUCAGAGAAAACAGAGCCAUCCGAGACGUCUUCAUCCUGAAAUGUGGUUUAACAACACAGGUGAGAUGAAUGGUGGGCCGCUGUGUCGAUGCAGUGCGCGUGCACGUCGCUACGGCAUGAGGCACGGUGUGUACGCUGGUGAGGAGGCUUACCCGAAGUGUAGACCUACUGAGAGUAACAUUGAUAAAUUGUACCAUUAUAGGAUAACAGUGUCACCACCAACUAACUUCUUAAUCAAAGCCCCAACGAUCAUAGCGCAUGAUGAACAUGAGUUCCUCUUCUCCGGCUUUUCAAUGUUCUCACACUACAAGCUCUCGAAACUACCUACAUGCAAGGUGAUAAGGUUCAAUAUUGAAUACACCAUAUUGUAUGUAGAGGAACCUGCGCCUCAAAACUUCUCAAUACAGGAAUUGGAUCUAUUUGAGGAAUAUCUAUUCUACGAGUUGUUAGAACUAGUGGAUUUGGAUCUUGGCAAGGCGACUGAAACAACAUGUUCCCAGUUUCAUUUCAUGCCACGGUUUGUACGGUACUUACCGGAGGGAGGAUGUGAGGUAUUAUCGAUGUGUGAAGUACUAAAAUACUUAAUAGACGAGAGUGGCCUGCUGAUACCACCUGACACAUUGGAAGAGGUCCAUUCUAUGGAUCAUUACAAGUGGCAAAAGUUUGUUGACAGGAUUAAAGGAAUGAUAGUGACGUACCCGGGUAAGAAGCCGUGUUCAGUUCGCGUGGACCAGCUGGACCGCAGCCCUCCGGUCAGUAAGGAGAUGAAAGAUCCCAGCGCUAUCAAGAAGUUUUACCCCGAAAUAGUUCAUUUUGGCAUCCGGCCACCACAGCUCAGCUAUGCUGGCAAUCCUGAAUAUCAAAAGGCGUGGCGUUAUUACGUGAAGUACCGUCAUCUGAUCGCCAACAUGGCGAAGCCAUCGUACAAGGAGCGGCAGAAGUUGGCCACCAAGGAGGCCAAGCUGCAGGAGAUGCGCACUCAGACCAAGAUGAAGAGAGAUGUCACAGUUGCCAUCUCAUCCGAGGGUUUCCAUACAACCGGACUCAUGUGCGAUGUCGUACAACAUGCAAUGUUAAUCCCAGUGCUAGUAAGACAUCUUCGGUUCCACAAAUCGUUGGAUAGUUUGGAGAAGAAGAUAGGCUACGUGUUCAAGAAACGUCUCCUGCUGCAGACUGCCUUCACACAUCCAUCGUACAGAGAGAACUUUGGCACCAAUCCUGAUCAUGCGAGGAACAGUCUCACUAACUGUGGGAUACGACAGCCCGAGUAUGGAGAUAGGAGGAUACAUUAUACUAGGAAAAAGGGUAUUGUGACACUGAUAAACAUAAUGUCGAGGUUCGGCAAGCGCAGCGAGACAGAGUCAGAGAUCAAGCACAACGAGCGGCUGGAGUUCCUCGGGGACGCGGUGGUGGAGUUCCUCUCCUCCAUACAUCUGUUCCGCAUGUUCCCCGGACUGGCGGAGGGAGGCCUGGCCACGUACAGGGCCUCCAUUGUACAGAAUCAACAUUUAGCGCAAUUGGCUAAGAACAUAGAGCUGGAGCAGUACAUGCUGUACGCGCACGGGUCCGACCUGUGCCACCCGCUGCAGGAGCAGGAGCCGCUCGGAGACAGGAAGUACAUCAAGGACUUCGAGUUCCUGCAGAAGUUGACAGAGUUCGAAGCCUCUAUUGGAGUCCAGUUCAAGCACAUCCGUCUGCUGGCGCGCGCGUUCACGGACCGGUCAGUGGGGUUCACGCACCUGACGCUGGGCUCCAACCAGCGGCUGGAGUUCCUGGGGGACACCGUGCUGCAGCUCGUCGUCUCCGACAGGCUCUACCGCCACUUCCCCGACCACCACGAGGGACAUCUUUCGUUACUUCGCUCGUCGUUGGUGAACAAACGCACUCAGGCGAUGGUGUGCGAUGACCUGAACAUGUCUGCCUACGCCAUUUACAACAACCCCAAAGCCAAGCCCACCACCAAGAAGCACAAGGCUGACUUACUAGAGGCCUUCUUGGGCGCACUUUAUAUCGACAAGAAUCUCGAGUACUGCCAGGCGUUCUGCAACGCGUGCUUGUUCCCACGGCUGCAGGAGUUCAUCCUGAACCAGGACUGGAACGACCCCAAGUCCAAGCUGCAGCAGUGCUGCCUCACGCUGCGCUCCAUGGAGGGCGGCGAGCCGGAUAUACCCUUGUAUAAAGUGAUCGAGUGCCUGGGUCCGACGAACACGCGCGUGUACUCUGUGGGCGUGUACUUCCGCGGCGCGCGUCUGGCGGCGGCGCGCGGACACUCCAUACAGGAGGCGGAGAUGAACGCCGCAGAGCUCGCGCUCAACUCCGCACACGAACUAUUCCCGCAAUUGGAUCACCAGAAGAGAGUGAUCGCGAAAAGCGUUAAAAAGAAGAAGAACAAACGUAAGAAAGUGUGCGCGGGUCCGUCUACAUCGGACGGUGUCGGGUACGACUUGGAGAAAGUUCCGCGUGCCUACCGCCUCGACCAGCGCACCGAGAGCUCCGACAGUAGCGCCCCCGAAGUGUCCGACAACGAAGUAGCCGAUCGCUCCGGGGACGACUCCGGUCUCGUCAGCGACCCCGACUCCGACGAGGAUAUCCAGAAUCUCCAGGUGAGCAGCCUUCUCACAGAGAUGGAGAAGACCAAAGAAGACUUCAUCAAGACCAACAAAUACGAGCAGUUGAAGGAGAAAUGUAAAAAAUCCGAUACAGAUGACGAUUGAAUUUAAAAAAAAAUUCAAUAUUCCUAAAUUUUUGCUUAUUCUGCUUUAUAGUAUUAUGUAAAUAAUUUAAUUCAAUGCACUUUUAGGAAAUGUUAGAAAAUUUAUUUAAUUUAAGAAUACAUAUGCAUAGUUAUAAGUGGAAUUAAUGUGACAUUUGUUUUUUGCUGGCGGCUUAUCUGGAUGGAUUGCAUCAAUGACAUAUUAUGUUAUCGAUAUGGCUAUAUAGCGAAUGAAGAACUUUUAAUGUUAAUUAAAUGAUAAUUAAGUUUAACGACGCUGCAAUUAAGUGGA